GGGUUAAAGGUGGCUGCCACAGGUUACAAGGGGUUAUACGGAGUUACCGGGGGUUACAGGGGGUGCCUAGGGGUUACAGGGAGUUACAGACGGUUACAAAGGGUCACAGGGAGUUACAACGGGUUAAAGGAGGGUACAGGAGGUUACAAGGGGUUACAUGGAGUUAAAACGGGUUACAGUCGGUUACAGGUUGUUAAAAGGGGCUACAAGCGGUUACAAGAGGUUACAGGGGAUGACAGGGGGUUACAAGGGAUUAAAAGAUCUUACGAGAGGUUACAGGGAAUACAAGGGGUAAAAUAAAGAUACACAGGGUUACAGUGGGUUAUAAAAGGGUACAAGGGGGUACAAAAGGUUACACGAGGUUACAAGGAGUUGCGGGGGCUUAAGAGGGGUUACAGGGGGUUACAAGGGGUUACAAAGGGUUACAAAGGGUUACAGGGGGUUACAGGUGGUAACAAUAGGUUACAGGGAAUUACAAGGGAUUACAGGGACCUACAAGGCAUACAGGGGGAUAUAAGGGGCUACAAGGGGUUAGAAAGUGUUACAGAUGGUUACAAGAGGUUAGAGAGGGUUGCAAAGGGUUACAGGAAGUUACAGAAAGUUACAAGGGUUUACAAGAGUUACAGGGACGAUUAAGGGGUUAAAAGGGGUUUUAAGGGGAUAGAAGGGGUUACAGGGGGUUACAAGGCGAUACCACGGGUCACAGGGGUUACAAGGAGAUUAAAGGGGUUACCAGAGGUUACAAGGGGUUAUAGAGGGUUGCAAGGGGUACAGGGGCUUACAAGGUGUUACUUGGGGUUACAAAGGGUUAGCGAGGGUUACAAGGGGUUACAAGAAGUUAGAGGGGCUUAGAAGGGGUUACAGAGGGUUAGAGGGACUUACAAGGGGUUACAUGGCGUUACGGAGGGUUUAAAUGGGUUUUCUGGGGAUACAACGGGUUGCAACUAGUUACCGACGGUUAGAAGGGGUUACAGGGGCUUACAAGGGGUUACAUGGGGUUCCAAGGGGUUACAGGGUGUUACAAGAGGUUGCAGAGGCUUGCAACGGGUUAAAUGGGGUUACAAGUGGUUAGAAGGGGUUACAGGGGCUUACAAAGGAUUACAGUGGGUUACAUGGGGUUACAAGAAGUUACAGGGACUUUCAAGGGGUUACAUGGGGUUACAAAGGGUUACAGUGGGUUACAAAGGGUUAGAGGGGCUUACAAAGGGUUAGAAAGGCUUACAGGGGUUACAUGUAAUUACAAGAGGUUACAGGUGGCUACAAGGGGUUACAGGGGGCUACAAGUGGUUACUAGGGUUACAAGGGGAUACAAAGGGUUACAGUGGGUUACAUGGCGUUACCGGGGGUUACAGGGGUUACAAGUCGUUACUGGGGGUUUAAAGGGGUUUCCUGGGGAUAGAAGGCGUUACAACGCGUUAACGAGGGUUAAACGGCCUUACAGGGGGUUACAAGAGGUUACAGGGAGUUACGAGGGGUUACAAGGGAUUACAGGGGGUUACAAGGGGUUACCAGGGGUUACCGGGGGUUACAAGGGAUAAGAGGGGUUACAGGGGGUUUAAAGGGGAAACAAGAGGUUACAAGGGGUUACAAGGCGUUACCGGGGGUUACAAGACGUUACAGGGGGUUUAAGGGGGUUUCUUGGGGAUACAAGGGGUUACUUCGGGUUACCGAGGGUUAGAAGGGGUUACAGGGGUUUACAACGGGUUAAAUGGGGUUCCAAGGGGUUCCAACGGGUUAGAGGGUGUUACAGAUGGCUACAAGUGGUUUUUGAGGUUUACAAAGGGUUACGGGGGGUUAUUGGAGGUUAGAAGGGGAUACAAAGGGUUACAGGGGGUUACAAGGCGUUACCGGGGGUUACAGGGGUUACAACGCGUUACUGGGGCUUUAAAAUGGUUUCCUGGGGAUACAAGACGUUACAACGAGUAACGAGGGUUUUAAAGCUUACAGGGGGUUACAAGAAGUUACAGGGAAUUACGACGGGUUGCAAGGGAUUACAGGGGGUUACAAGGGGUUACCGGGGGUUACAAGCGAUAAGGAGAGUUACAGGGGGGUUAAAGCGGAUACAAGGGGUUACAGGGGGGUUACAAGGCGUUACAAGGGGUUAAAAGGGGUUACAUGGGGUUGCAAGGGGUUUCAAGGGGUUAGAGGGUGUUACAGAUGGUUACAAGAGGUUUUUGAGGGUUACAAAGGGUUACGGGGGGUUAUUGGAGGUUACAAGGGGUUACAGAGGGUUACAAGGGGUUAU